AUGUGGGCUACCGCUCCACUGCCGUAUUACUCGGCCUACAAACCUCCCCGGAGGAAAGAGAGAGCCAGUGCCAGCAACAAAGAUGCCGCGUUGCCAUCCUCCGUCAACAACCAAGUUUCCCUCCCUCCUCUCUCUACUCAACACAAUCCCAAUACCAUUCCAUCAGAAUUGUUCGAACCCGCUCUUGAUGGACCGCCAUCGCCUGAGAGAAUUCGUGCCUUGAGCAAGCAGAUGAAGAGGGCUUCGGCCGUGGACAAGCACAAGAGCAACGCCACUACGUCCUCGGGCUCGUCGUCCUCGCUGCGCUCAAUCACCUCAGAUCGUCGUCCGUCGUGGGAACACACACUGGAAACCAUCACUUUGUCCAGAAAGUCUUCUGGUCGGUCGACUUCCAGCAGCAUGCCGUCCCGAGACCGCCCCGAGAGCGUCCAGCUCUUUGGCAAAACCAUCUUCAACAGAAGGGCCAAAAUGAAGCGCGAAAGCAGCAGUAACUCUUCUGGCAGUUCAUUAUAUUCCGGUGAGAUUGCCCUGGACGGUUUGCCCUCCGCAAACAAGGACCCUCUCCUCCCGUCAAUAUUCGGCCGACGUAGGACUCUAAGACAAGACCAACUAGGAGACGACCCAGCCCUCGCCAGGAAACUCCAGAUCUCAGGGCCUUAUAACUUCCAACAUGUCACACACACCAGGCGUGACCACCUUCCGGACCUUCAGCGGGGCAGUCGUGCUGAGCUGGUCACCGAGUUCUCGGCCAUCCGUGCUAGCCAACGGCCGACUACCGGAUCACUGAGGGGAAUCGACGUUGAAGAUUUGCAUUUUUCCAACUUCUCAUCGGAGGCAUUGAACAUGCCGCCACCAGAGAACGCCUUUACGAACGAGACUCAUGCCGAGCUCUUUCUGAACCGCCCCCCCGUCUUGGCACGGCAGGUUGUUCCAACCUCGGCACCUCGACGGUCAAUCAUGCACACCAGAUCUCAGGAGCAACUGCGCUCCAGCCCACCUCGCCCGGCACCGCCACGCCCGCCCAGGUCCCCAAUUGACGAGGAAGCCAUCAUCGCUGCCAUCCCAACCCGCCCCAUGCCUCCACCCAGAACGUCGAGCCGUAUCUCGUUACAACAAGGAGGGUUGAGCACUAUUGAAGACAUCGACCCCUUGGAGCGGCCUCAGACUAGUGGCAGUUUUCAUCACCCCGAUUCCUUCCAUGAGUCCAUGAACGGGCCGCAAGAAACGAUUCUCGAGUUGCCUCACGCGGCUGACUUGAACCUCUAUGCUGAUCCUCGGUUUUCCCAUGCAAUCACUACACCGGACGAUGCUGCGUGGCCUCUGACUGCCAGCACGAACUUUUCGUACGAGAUGGCAUUGCCUGACGUGCCUGAAGAGGAAGAGGCCUAUCCCAUGGGUAGACAUUCUCGCGCCAGCCUGGUCAGUACACGCUCGUCGUUGAGAGGAAGUCAAUCUGUGCCUGCCUUACGUCACCUUGCACAGGCCCACGAGGACGAACCUCAACGACCGCCAAGUGGUGCCUCGGACACGUUGGGCAGCUUUGACAUGUUGACCGUGCAGACUGCUCUGAGAGCAGCUCUGGAGGAGGAUGAGGAUGAGGAGGAAGUAACCGGCGGGUUUCACCGAGCAAGCUGGGAGGACGAUAUCGAUUACUGCUAUGAGCAUGAAGUCGAAGCCAAUUGCGAUUAUGCCUGGGAGCGACCAUCUUUGGACAUUGUCAGAGAGGAAGUCGCGCAGCCCCUCGUAGACAACGAUGCCGUGUUUGUGGCGCCACUGUCAAUUGGCCUGAAGCCGGCAUCGACAGGACACUUGGAUAUUCCAGCACUUAGCCCCUCUAGCCCAACUUCUCCUGCAAAUGGCCAUGAGGCUAUCACGCCUACAAUCUCUGCGCUGCCAAUACGGCCCAACUUCUCUCAUCCUAGAAUGGAAACGAGCUACCGAGGCCAAUCUCACCUGCAUGUGAGGACCGCCUCGCACGCCUCGAGCUUCAAGGAGUCACACGGUUUCAACUUGUCACCAUCACUUCUUAUCCCUGGAGAUUUCCGCCAGCAGAUGUUGGCCGAAUCAGACGCAGACGAAUACCCUACCCCUAUGUCCCGAGGCCACAGCAGCCACUUUUCAUUCGACGCCGAGCCCACCAUGACCAUGGAAACUCCCGGCUUGUUCGCCAGAGAUCGGGCCAGCACAUCCACAACCGGUAGCAAUUCCUCGGAUCAGACUACCUCAACCGAGGCACGCCACACAUCAACCAACUCGACUUGGACGGCGUUGACGAGAUACACCGGAAGCACGACGUUUGAAGGAUGGAACCCGAAGGCCGAAGGCAUCGACCACUCGCGCUCGAUCAGCGUGGACGACUUCCCAGACCUCGGCUCACCUAAGGGACGAAAGUCCACCAUGGCUACAUUGCCCGAGACUGAGGAGAUGCUCACGACAUCCCAUUCGACCGGAAACAUGCGUGCGGUUUCCGAGGGCACCAGCGCCAACCUUUCUCGCGAGAGCCUCCCACUUACCAAGACGAAGGAGCCGAUCAAGCACCGGCGUCAACGUGCCCGAACCACCAGUUUGAGCACUCCGCCCCCUCCAGGCCAAUACGCACUCUUCCCGCCAGUCUACUCUGGCAGCCGAAUCUAA